UCUCAGCUGUUAUCUGACUGCGUCUCAGCUAUAGAAAGUCAGAUGGUUUGUGCAUAUGACUAAAGAAGGUGCGGUUAUGGAUCUUUGGAGUCUUUUUCACAUUUUGCUUCUGUUGUUCACCUGUUCGUGUGCAAGUAGCGCAAAGAUCAAACCCGUUGUUGCUGAUGAGCAGUUGCUCUGGGUGGGGGGUCAAACUGAAGAAGUCCACACCUACAGGAUUCCACUUAUCACCUUCACUCCUCAAGGAAGUCUGCUGGCUUUUUCUGAGGCUCGGAAGAAGUCCGCCAAAGAUAUCGGAGCCAAGUUCAUAGCCUUAAGACGUUCCACAGAUAGAGGAAACACCUGGUCUCCCACCUCAUUCAUAGUGGAUGAUGGAAGUCUAGCAGAUGGGCUGAAUCUGGGUUCAGUUGUUGUGGAUGAGGAGACUGGUGCUGUGAUCAUCAUCUACUCUCUAUGUUUCCACCAUUAUCAAUGCAAGACCUCUUUCACAAUGUUGAUAGAAAGCCUAGAUGACGGUCUCACCUGGAGUCCUCCAAGAAGCCUUAACUCUCAACUGGGGGUCAAGAGUUUUGCUCCGGGGCCUGGUUUUGGUAUACAGAAGCGUCAUCCACCUGCUGUUGGGCGUUUGGUGGUGUGCGGACAUGGAAGCAUCGCUGGAGAUGGAGUGUUCUGUCUUCUAAGUGAUGAUCAUGGACAAACAUGGAGAUAUGGAGCUGAACUCAAAAGUAUUCCCUACACCCAGCCCAAAAAUAACCUUGAUUUUGAACCGGAUGAGUGUCAGCCGGUGGAGCUGGAAGAUGGUAGCAUAGUGGUCAAUAUACGCAACAACAUGAACUAUCACUGCCGGUGUCGCAUGGUUGCACACAGUCUGGAUGGAGGAGAGUCUCUGCCGGUGGAGCAGCUGGUGUUUGAUACUACAUUGGUGGAUCCUGCGGUUGCGGCAGGAGCCUUACAGAAAGAUGGAGUGCUGUACUUCACCAAUCCUGCCAGUGCUCAAAGCAGAGUGAACCUCACCCUUCGUUGGUCUCUAAAUCGUGGUAAAUCGUGGGUGAAAGACACUUUAAAAAUUUGGCCCGGGCCUAGUGGAUACUCCUGUAUGACAUCACUCAAAGGCAAUGGAACUGAGGAUCAAAAAUACAUCUACGUUGUCUUUGAGAAAGGUCUCAAAGAAUCUAUAGAGUCUAUCUCCUUUGUGAAAGUUAACCUGUACAGUGACCAAUAAAGAGACUGAUAUGCUGAUUCAUGUGCAUCAUGUAAAGAAAUCAAAAGAGAAAAAAGUUCAAUAAAUGAUGACAGAUGACAGAAAAGCAAGUUUCAGCAACUUCCAACCUGUCUUCUAAAGAUAUUGGAUCAAACAAUUUCGGAUCGCAUAGAGGUGCCUGUUUGUGCACUUCUUUUAUUGCCUCAACUGACAUAGCUUAUAAGGGGCCCGUUUCAGAAAGGAGGUUUAGUGAAAACUCUGAGUAUAUCAACCCUGAAAUGAGGGAAACUCUGGGUUUUCUGUUUCAGAAUGUGAGGUUUGUCAAACCCGAGAAAGCGGGGUAACUCAAGCCCGUUUCUAAAGGAGAGGUAACUUAUACUCAGAGUCAGUAACCAUAGUAACUUACUCUGUGAACCUAACCUGGUCGGGAGCAGGUUUUCUUUGGUAAACCCAGAGUUUAUUUCGAUCUCCUCCCCCUUUUAAAGCGCAAGUGGUGUAACUCAUUAAUGAAUGACAUUAAUACAGUCAUUCAUGGCACACAUUUUGAUCACACAGAGACCAUCUCAGUGAUUAAUAUGUCAUAUGUGCUUUUAUAGAGGAUUCAUGAAGAGGCUGCAUUAAUUCAUUGGGAUGUUCUUUGAUUUCAGCAGAGCAAUUUAGGACCAGAGUGGAAUUUUGUUAUUUCCCUGCAUUUUUCUUUACAGUGAUUUAGAUAUAUCAAAAUAUGUCUCAUCCGUCCUUACAUCAAUAACAUCAGCCACCGUACGUGUAUUACAUCAGAGCAUAAUAUUCUAUGGACGAUGAGAAAUUACUUUAAAAAAGUGUAUAAAUAAAUUGCAUAAAUAAAGAAAUUAAUAAAUACAGACAUACACGCAGAGAUAAUAAACAUUUAAUUUUGACAUGUAAUCAUUUUAACUGAAAUCUGCUCAGAGCAGGGUUCGAACCGGCGAUCAGUCUAACAUUGCACGAGUGUCUGACGCCCUACAGGUGUCCUAUACACCAUGACGUCUUCUUUGCAUAACUAGAGCACUCAUGGAGAGUGAGAACAGACGAUUUUUUUAAAUAUUUCUUUUGUUUCAUUCAUUUAAUGAUUCAUUUAUUUGUUUAUUGCUACAUUUAUCUAUUUAUUAAUUUAAACAAGUCAUUUUCAGCACAUCAGUAAAUCCACUGUAUGCAGAGCAGAAAGUGUGCCUCACUCUCAAGUGCUUUCUGCUCCCAUGUUCCUAUUUUUGGUGCCGUUCCCAUGGUGAAUCGUAAUAUCGGAGCUCCAUUGAUGAUGGCUUUUUAUAGUCGUGGUGCACGCGCUUACCCCAGGAUACUCAGAGUAAAUUGAACUAACUCAAAUCAGCUGUUCUGAAACCAAAAACUCAAAGUUUCUCAUUUCUAAGUAAACCAAGUCUGAGUUCAAGGUUUAACCUAGAGUUGGUUGAACCUCCUUAUUGAAACGGGCCCAAGGUUAUAAAGUUUACGAGUUAUAAAGUUACAAGUUAAGUCAGCACAGUUUUAACAACAACUGUAUUGUUCUGAAGGCUGCAUAAAAUGUUUUAGAAGUUAUGAACACAAUAAAGCUGCUGUUUAAUACAUCAAAAAAUACAAUUAUUCAAAUA